GUCGCAGAGAUUGGAGGAUGGCUUGUUCUCCAUGGGUCGCUUUCUGCGCUGGACAGAGCGCUAGAUGCGGACCCGUGCGCCAAUCAUAAGUUCUUGGAGCAAGGGGAACGGCUCGUUCAGCAAAAAAUAGCCAACCCGGGCACGCGCAUCAGUAAGACCAACGACCUUUGUAAGAACGAGAAUGCGCAGGUCGUCGAAGAGAAGCGGCAGGGGCUAAGGGCCCCCAAGAGGAAAUUUAUGACCGUAGAGGCGUACGAAAGGCGGCACGGGCCUGUGGACGCCUCCAAGAUCAAGACCCAUCGUGUGAAUGGGCAAGAGAUCCGAGGCGUCGACGUGAUGGCAGCGGAGGAUGUCGGGGUGUAUGAGUACAUCGACGAAUCCUUGAAUUCGGCCCAGCGCAUCACCGACUUGGGUAAUGAAGAGGGCAUCACGUUGUCGGAUGAGCAGAACACAGUCAUCUUCUCCGCAGCUUCGCAAGCAUUGUCAACAACACCGAAGGAGGGGUCAUGUGUGGUGCUUCCCUCUUCGUCUUCGUCGUCAUCUGAUGGCCGGGGACUAGCCGCGAUGGGAGGAGAUCCUGCAACGGUUGCUGAUGGCGAUAGUGACAGCGACGGCUACCAGCCAUUUGCUUCGCUGUUUGCCCGCCUCAAGCCCAUCAAUGCACAGCCCAAGGCAAAGCAAGCAGCUCAGCCGAAGCCGAAGUCGAAGGCGAGGGCGGCUACCAACAAAGCUAGCAGCAGGGAGUCCACAGCCAAGCAGCCGCGUGUGGUCGUUGACCCAGACACCAUGCAAUCAGAUGACAAGGAGAUUGUGAACAAAUUUAGUCCGCUUGUGAUCCAGUUGAAGGUCUUGGAUCCACCCAGUCACGACGAGGCAGGGUUCACCAAAUGGUCAAAGGAAAGGGUGCAGGCGCUGCAGGAUUUGAGGAAUCAGAUCUAUACAAAGUACAAGUCCUUGAAGCGUCGCAAAGAUACAUCCGUUGAGCUUACCUCUUCACUUGAAGCGACGCUCGAUGACCUCGCAAGCCUUUCAGAGCUUCUUCGCAAGCUUGCUGCGGGCAAUCCAGAGGGCAAGCACAUGUACGAAAAGCUGGAGCAAAUGGACGACGUCCAAGCAUGCCCUGCAAUUUGGUUGAGAGCUGUCAGGGCAGCCGCUUUCGAAGACCUCAAGUUCAUGCACUUUCAGCAGUUCUUCGUGCAGACCCACAGCCUUUGCAAGAAGCAUGAUAACCAGGAGCCAGGUUUCUUCCCGAUGCUUGCGUCUCAGCUCCUCCAGCGGCUUGUCAAGGCGCUCCAGCUGCCGAAAGGCGGUGUUGUCGUAGCGGAGACCGUUGGGAACAUUAAGAAUUUUGUUGAUGUGAUGGUUGACGAAAGCCACAUCCACAAGACACAGCCCGACGACAUCCCCUUGGACAAGCAUACGGAGGUGAUGUUGAGCCUGAAGUCAAUUCUGGAUUUCAGCUCGCCGCCCAAAGUUGUGUUGAACUCAUUGCAGAUAAUCAAGUCGAGCUCACAACAUUGGGCUGCCAUGGUGUUUGUUCUGCCACAGGGCAAGAAGAUCAUUGAGGCAGCGUCGUUGAACGCAACGAACAAGGAAAGCCUGGAAGGUGUCCUUGGUGUGCUGAAGAAUGCCGACUCGUUCUUGCAUAAAUCAGGCUUGUGCACCAUCAACGCUGCCUUCAGCGUCGGCUUGAAAUCUUGCUUUGAUGGAGAUCAUGGUGAUCAGAUGUCGGCUUUGCUUUCAGACCUCUCGGCCAAGGAGUUCAAGGUCUUGAAGGGGGCAGACAAGGAUAAGCUGAGUCGUGUCCAGGCGCUCAGCCACCGUGCCGUAGAAGCCAUUGUGUUUGCGGCAGUGCAGCAUGAUGUCAUCCCUUACAUGAGGACCUUGCUCUCUGGGAUUUCCAACGGCGAUGCCAUUGAUACUGGUAUCAUGAUGCUCAAUUCGGAAUCGGCUUUGCUUCACCUGAGCGACAAAUGUGGGCAUGGGCAGGAAGUUCUUCUUGAGCGUUUCAAGGACCUGAGUGACUUCGCAAACUCCAUGGUUGCAAAGCUUUGUGGGUCCGCGCCGGAGCUUCUCAGCGAUCGUGAUGUUCGCUCCUUGCACUUCACAUGGGGAAUCAAAGCAACCCUUUGCGCCGAUGCGCUUGGGACUUGCGCGUCGAAAGCCCAGGAAGCUUGCCCGGAUGCAACUCAAAACGUGCAGGAGCUUCUGUGUCAGUUCCAAACCACGACAAAAGAAGUUGACGAAGCCAUCAAGGCAUGCCUGAAGAACCACUUGACGGACAAAUCCCACGCCGGUGUUCAGGAGUGCUUUGCAGCCUUGAUGAAAGUGGUUCGCUCGAAUGGGGCGGAUGUCAGCGACGAUGCAGUCCAGGACUUCCGGAGCAAAAGUGAGAGUGCAGGGUUGGUGUCCACAGUUUUGGGGGAAGAAGAGGGUGCGAUUGUUCGAACAGCCAUUGAGGCAGCGUCGCUGCUCUUCAGUUGUGCAGUGGAGUACGGCGUGCAUGUCGCAGAUGUAGCAGCGAGCACCAGUGGCCAUGUUCAGACGCUGGAGUUCAUCAAGCACGAGCUCAAGCUCUCACAGGUUGAUUGUGUGGGCGCAGUGCAAUCGCUCCGGGCAAAGGUUCAAGUUGUUGAUGACGGCGAUGUGUCAUGCAUGCAGUCCUUGAUGGAUGCAAUGAGGAAGGUCCGCGAGACCGAGUAUGGGCAGAUUGUUCAUGAGUGUCAUGCUGAUUUGAACUCGGCUUUCGUUGAGGAUGCCGUGGUGGAGAUUCCGGAGGACCUCGCUAAAAUCGACACGUACGAGGGCAUCACCAAAGCCUUUGAUCAAGUGCGGCAGCAUUUCAGUGUUGCGGCAACGAAGGACAUCUCGCAGAAAGCUGAGGUGCUUGAAAAUUGCAUUCGGAACGCCAAGAAGGUUGCCGAGAUCAUGGAUGUCCCGGUUGAGAACGUAGUCAACUUGGCCAAGUACGAGGCAUCUUACAGAUCCAUGAUCAGAUGGUUGGUCACGGGGAAUGUCUUCGUCUGCUUGCAGAGCAAGGCUGUGACCAGGGCGUGGCAGUCAGGGACAAAGAUUCAGCAGAAGGCCCUUUCUGCGCUGCAGAGUGCUGUCAAGACUGCUUCUGACUAUGACACGGAACUCCCAGCAGGCAUCCAGGCUGUUGUGACCAAGGUCACGCAGAUGAACGAAGUUGUGAAGCCGGCCAUGUGA